CACCUGAGUUCCUAUCCCUUCAACGAUUCCAUUCCACUGUAAUCGCGAGUAGGAAGGAUAUAUUUAUUAUCCACAUAUCCUGCAUUGCUAUUAUAUCUCUUCAGAUGGUCAAACCAACCAAACCCGAGUCGAUUGCACCCAAAACUGAUCAAUCGAUCUCUCGUCAAAUAGAUCUGAUCGCCCAGGUCUUUAGGAGCUUUAAAUACAAGUAUGACAUAUAUCAUAAUCGGCGGCUUCGCUCCAUAUUUAUCGAAGAAAUUGUGCCGAUCGACCAAGCGAGCUGCCUCUCAAUCCUCAGCCGACUAGAAUUGAGCCUUCUACCUCUACUUGGCCAUCAAAUCAGCACUAUCUCAAGAAUGAUAAACUCAUCCGACUUGCGCAGAGGAGAUACACCUUCGAAACUUCAACUAAUCACAGAGCUCCAGUUGGAGAUUGAUCAGUCUGUGGACCAAAUUUUUUCUUGCGCUCCUAAGGUUCACCGAAAACCAUCAUCCUCGACCGAUGACAAUUAUUUGAAAAACUUGAAAAGCUUUCGGUUUCCGAAUCUGCUAGUCAAAGUCGGCUUCUUAAUUCAUGAGCUGAGCUUCUUGUUCGACGGUUUGGCCGAUCUUAUUCGAGGAUUGAAGCUCUCGCAAAAGAAGUAUCGUCGGAAGGCUCGUAAAUUCAACACCAGAGGAAAAGUGGCCGAAUAUACGGCUUCUACAUCGGAAUCAAUCGAAUGCCUGAUCAAAUGGAUCAAAGGGCAUGAAUUGACUAACAUCCAGGAGGAGUGGGACGUCGAACUCACUGGUAUGGACGAGGUGCUCGCCGAGGUAACCAAGCUCAUCAAUCCGACUUCCGCCUCUGAAUCUGGCGAAGAAGUUGAGGAUGAAGGUGGACUUGCGGCGGAAGAGGACGAUGGAGAUGAGAAUGACGACGAAGACGAUCAGUCCCAGACCGAAGCUCCUAGCGAGGCCUUCUUUCAACUUGCUCGAUCGACGGUACCCAUGAUCAAAUUAUCUAGACUGUUUUUCAGAAAAUUAUCGACAAGUGGAAUCGACCAAAGUCCCUCGGAACCGUUUACAGAAAUGAGUACCAGUCAGCUCGAGACAUUGAAUGGAGCAGCUGGGGAUAUCGAUUGCGAGCUCAAUAGAAUCUGGGAAACGUUAAAUAAGGCCGGCGAGACUGAUGAGGACCAUACUGCCCAUACUCUUUACGAAUCAGUCGACAAAAUGUCAAAUUCUUUUCAAUCCUACAUGCUCCUUUUGACUCUUUAUGUUCUACCCUUAGUCCCUCAAAUUGAACAUAACCCAGAUUCCUCUCAAAACAACCUCAAGACCUGGUUGAUCACUUGGAAUAAUCUAUUCAUCUCUGCCACUGAAAAAAUUAUCAUUGCUGCACAAACUUUCGAAAAUUCCUAGUAGAAAGACCAAAAAAGCUUGUUCAUUCUACUGCCUGAAUUUCUGACUUUGAAAAAUUGAAAACAGAACCAAUAAAAAACUAUCCUACCUUUUGUGACCCCUCUUUCUCUCAUUUAUUGUUUCCACAUACUGCAUAUUCAUAGUGCACAAUGUCAA